AAUAUGUGGCUCAUCCAAUUCAGGUAGAUGGGCUAAGGUUCGACUUGACGGCAUUAUUUGUCCUAUGGGCUUAAAAAUGUGUAUUGGGUCGGGCCUCAUGAAGCACUAACACCAACUUUCCAGUGAAAAAAAUAAAAUAAAAAACGGAAACACUUAAAAAUUGGGAAGAAAAGAAAAGAAAAGAAAAGAAAAGAAAGAGAAGAAAAAUGGAAUGGAAUGUAUUGGUAAGCAAUUCGUGACCAUUUGAGUCUUUACGGUCAUUCCCUCAUUCUCUCUGCGCUCGCUCCAACACUUUCUGCUCAUUCACGCAUAGAAACAGAUCGGAUCGGAUCGAACCAGACCUAAAUGGCGGCGUCGAGGCGGCUCCGAGAUCUGCAAUCGCAAUCGGGAAACAAGACCUGCGUCGAUUGCUCUCAAAAAAAUCCUCAAUGGGCAUCCGUAUCGUAUGGCGUCUUCAUGUGCUUAGAGUGCUCCGGCAAGCAUCGGGGUCUCGGUGUGCACAUCUCCUUCGUUCGAUCUGUCACCAUGGAUUCCUGGUCCGAGAUCCAGAUUAAGAAGAUGGAAGCCGGUGGCAACGACCGCCUCAAUGCAUUCUUCUCUCAGUAUGGUAUCCCUAAGGAGACGGAUAUUGUCACUAAGUACAAUACCAACGCUGCCAGUGUAUAUCGGGAUCGGAUUCAAGCCUUGGCCGAAGGCCGUUCGUGGCGGGACCCUCCCGUUGCAAAGGAGAAUGUCGGUGCUGGCUCUAAGAAGCCGCCUUUAGCUCAAGGCGGUGCUAGGAAUGGCAACAGCGGUUGGGAUACUUGGGAUAACGACGAUGGAUUUAGAUCUCCUUCUUCUUCGAAUGACAUUAGGCGAAAUCAAUCAACGGGCAAUGUUAGAGGAGCUGGGGAUGGUCACGGGGGCAUGCCGUCUCGGUCGAAAUCUACGGAGGAUAUAUACACGAGGGCGCAAUUGGAAGCCUCUGCUGCCGGUAAGGACAGCUUUUUCCAACGUAAGUUGGCAGAAAACGAUUCUCGCCCGGAGGGACUUCCUCCGUCGCAAGGUGGCAAGUACGUGGGUUUUGGAUCGAGCCCGGCUCCUCCUUCUCAGAGGAAUAACAGCGCCCAAGGCGAUGUAUUGUCUGUUGUUUCUCAGGGAUUUGGUAGAUUAUCACUUGUUGCCGCAUCCGCUGCUCAAUCGGCUGCAAGUGUUGUUCAAGCUGGCACAAAAGAGAUAACUUCUAAGGUCAAAGAAGGUGGUUAUGAUUACAAGGUGAAUGAAACUGUUAAUGUUGUAACUGCAAAGACUUCUGAAAUUGGACAGAGGACAUGGGGGAUUAUGAAAGGGGUCAUGGCAAUAGCUUCACAGAAGGUUGAAGAGUAUGCAAAAGAAGGAAGUACCUGGACGGCUGACAACUGGCAGCGUAAUGAUAGUGAACAAAAUGGAUACUAUCAAGAGUUUAAGCAGAACAAAGAAUUUAAUUCUUCCUCUGGUGGGCAGUCCUCUUCGGCUGGUCAUGUUAAUUCUUUUAACUCAACUUCUUGGGAUGAUUGGGACCAAAAAGACAACAGGAAGGAAGAAUCAACAAAGGGUAAAUCGUCUCACAACAAUGAUGAUUGGGCUGGAUGGGAUGAUCCGAAAGAAGAUGGGUAUGAUAGUUUCUAUCAGAGUGAAUCUGAUACUAAACCGGCUGGUCAGAAUGGAAAGUCUGAUGCCACAUGGACAGGGGGAGGGUUUCUCUGAGGUAGAAUCUUGUUUCCUUUUCUUAGAAAACUCAUGGUCGAGGUCAAGGUCAAGCCAUAAAUAGUGCCACUCGGAUAGUGGUAGAUGUCUGAGGGAUGGGGUGGGAGGUGUGGUGAUAAAGAUUAUUGGAUAUUGAAAUUUAUUGGAGGGGCUGCUUCACAACCUUUCCUAAAUUUGGAUUUUAGAUCCCAUUUCGAUGGGGGAUACACUUUUGUUGUGGUUAGUAUAUUCUUAGCUCUUAUAUUUUUUCUUUUCAUAUAUUUUUUUUAAUGGGAAUCUUGCUAUGUAACCUAUUGGGGGAGACAUUUGUGUGGUUAGAUGUAAUUUUAUUUAAUGCUCAAUUGUCAACAAGAUGGGUUAAGUUGCCCAAUCAAAGGAGAACUGAUAUUUGUAAGUGAGUAAAUCAAAGUUACUUUCUUUGGAUUUGUA